CGGGAAGGAGAAGUGACUCCUAACACCUCAAGGAAGUAGUGUUUUCCUCCGAGGAGCCUCAACACACUCUGUCCACACACCUGCAUCUCUCCUGGAGACCACGCUGUGCGCGCGCACUUGUUGGUUCCGCACUCCUCGCGCACAUGGAGUCCUCCCUGGAGUUCUCCGGCUCGCUGGGCAGCGGGUCCUCCUCGCUGUGGAGCCGCUGCCGGACCUUCAAGGUGCUGGUGAUCGGGGACUCUGCGGUGGGGAAGACGUGCCUCACGCACCGCCUCUGCGCCGGAGACUUCCCCUGCAGGGUGGAGGCCACCAUCGGGGUGGACUUCCGAGAGCGACAGCUGGACAUCCAGGGAGAGAGGAUUACGCUGCAGCUGUGGGACACGGCGGGUCAGGAGCGUUUCCGUAAGUCCAUGGUGCAGCACUACUACCGCAACGUGCACGCGGUGCUCUUCAUCUACGACGUCACCCGGCCGGCCAGCUUCGGCAGCCUGGCGGCCUGGAUCGAGGAGUGCAGGCAGAACUCCCUCGGCCAGGAGAUCCCCAGGUUCCUGGUGGGUAACAAGAGCGACCUCCGUGACCCCGGCGCCGCCGACGGCCAGGUGAGCCAGGAGCAGGCGGCGAGCUUCGCCAGAGCCCACGGCAUGGCGUGUUUCGAGACGUCCGCCAAGAACCCGGCGAGCAAAUGCGGGGACGUCCGGCGAGGCGAUGGCGAGCUGCUGUACCGGCGGGACAAGGUGGAGGACAUCGUGGUCGCUCUCGGCGCCAGACUGAAGAGGCAGAAGAAACCGGCGGCGGCGGCCAUCACCUCGACCCCACACGGGUCCUUCAAGGUCACGAGUAAGAAGAAACCGGAGAAGGAGCUGUGGACCUGCUGCUGAGAGACAUGUGUGUGUGUGUGUGUGACAUUGAACUUUAAUAUUUAUACUCUUAAAUAUGUGAGACGAUAUAUAUUAGGUCCUCUUUUUUUUGUGUAUUAGCAUUUUUUUUUUGAUCUUCUUGUUUUUACAAUCGCCGCAAAAAUAAAAAAACUGAAUAAACGUU